AUGUCCCAAGACCGGAAUCAUCGCAUCUCGAGUGCUAUUGACAGCCUGAUCGCCCACUUGAUUCCCACCGAUCCCCACGAUGACGAGGAAACCGCCCAAGCAAGGCACGACAACUGCUUUGAGCUGGUUAGGUCUAUACUAGAAACGCCUGGCUCUCCCGCUAUCUCAUCCGACGUCAACCAUGCCUCAGACUUGAUCAAGAGGAAACUUAUACAGAGCAACCCGAGCCAAGCACUGCGGUUUUCGAACCUUUAUACGCGACUCCUGUCACUGCCCGUCCUCAACCAGAAAUGGGCUAUACUCUAUCUGCUCUACCAACUCUCCGACUCGCCAGAUCCGAACGAGCCGCUGCCGCUGAGUCCUCUCAGGCAGCCGGUUCAGCGGGAGCCUCCGCGCCGCCACGAGAAAGACAGACCAUCAAAGUCCUCGACUCCAGCUGUGAGCCAGGAAGAAGAGGCUUUCAAGGACGCGUUCGCCCCCACUGGACUGAAGAAGUUCCCGCCCGAGAAGACGAAGCGGGGCCUGGGCGAUGAAAAGCAAGUCGCCCAAGAUGCAGAGCUUGGCCCAAAGAAGGAUUCCAGGGAUGUCUCUCUCAAGUCCACACUCCUCGCCGAUAAUUAUGUCCAGAUGGACCCUUCGGAGACCGCUCUUCUCAGGGAUUUACCCUUCACGCUACAGGGGCUCUCGUCGGCAACGUUGCCCUUCGCAAAAGAGACCAGCCUCAAGCUUCCGCCGACAGUCCCAUCCCCCAUAGUGUCCCUCCUCCACACCUUGGCAGAACCGUCUCUGUUGUACCGGGGUCUGGGCAACUUUGUGAAGAGUCCAGCUGGUGGGCUGCUAGGCCAGAGCCUCCGCGCCGCCAUCAACAAUGAACUUCGCUCAUACCUCAGCCUGGUUGCUACCCUUGAGGGGCAGAUUCGCCGCGCCCUGUCCUCCCUCGACGAAUCCGCUCCGCGGGGUGGCAUCGGGAAAUCCGGCGUGACGCUGAAGCGAUGUGUCGUAUGGACCCGCGAGGCGACAAUGGGCCUCCGCCUCAUGAGCCUGAUCGCAGAGGAGAGCAAGAGCAAGCGCGGUGGACAGCUGAUCAGUCUCAUCCACGGUUUCUCCGCCUCCCACGGCGACCCCAUUGUCGCUGUUUUUGCCGAACGACUGCUAGCCCACGUAAGCCGCCCCUUUUACGACAUCCUAAGGCGGUGGAUCUACGACGGCGAGCUCUCAGAUCCGUAUCUCGAGUUCUUCGUCCACGAACAAAGGGGCAAUGACGAAGAGCGGAAGGAACAGAAGGCCAAGGGCCUCAUGAGCGUAUGGAACUCCAAGUACGAGGUGGAUGACGCAAUGGUGCCCAGUAUCAUCACCGCCGAUUUCGCACGUAAGGUGUUCCUGAUCGGGAAGUCGCUGAAUUUCAUCCGGCACAGCUGCGGUGACAGCCAAUGGGUCGAGGCCUACAGCAAGACGUCCAGUAAGGAGCUCCGCUACGGCGACACGGCAACGCUGGAGGCGUGGAUCGACGAAGCCUACAAGACGACGAUGCAGAGGCUCAUGCAGCUCAUGUCGUCCAAGUUCCACGUCUUCGACCACCUCCAAGCCCUGAAGCACUACAUCCUGCUCGGACAGGGGGACUUCAUCGCACUGCUCAUGGAAUCCCUGGCGGCGAACCUCGACCGACCCGCAGGUGCCCAGUACCGGCACACGCUUACGGCGCAGCUUGAGCACGCGAUCCGCGGGAGCAACGCGCAGUACGACUCGCCCGAGGUCCUGCGGCGCCUCGACGCGCGCAUGCUGCAGCUGUCGCACGGCGACAUCGGCUGGGACUGCUUCACGCUCGAGUACAAGGUCGACGCGCCCGUGGACGUGGUCGUCACCGAGUGGGGCAACCGCCAGUACCUCAAGGUCUUCAACUUCCUGUGGCGCAUCAAGCGCGUCGAAUUUGCGCUCGCCUCCACCUGGCGCAAGUGCAUGACGGGCAGCCGCGGCGUGCUCCAGACCGACGACGACACGGUCCUGCAGACGUGGAAGAGCACGCGCGGCGUCCUCGCCGAGAUGGUGCACUUCAUCGGCCAGCUGCAGUACUACGUCCUGUUCGAGGUCAUCGAGUCCAGCUGGACCGAGCUGCAGAAGAACAUACGCAAGGACGACUGCACCCUCGACGACCUCAUCCAGGCCCACGAGAAGUACCUCAAGAACAUCACCCACAAGGGCCUCCUGGGCGCCAAGCGCCGCCAGCACUACGAUGCCAUGAGGGAAGCCGCCGCCGCCACCUCGGCCACCCCCGUCGCCGACGUCGAGGACCGCAACAGCUACAUGGUGCAGCUGGGCGGCCUGCUGCGCGACAUGCUCGCCUACCGCGACAGCGUCGACGGGCUCUACUCGUGGUCCGUCUCCGACUUCACCAGCCGCCAGGAGGCCGACGCGGCCGGCCUGCUCCGGAACAACAACCACCACCACCACCGCUCCCUCUCCACCCCUCCGCCCUCCGGCGGCGGCGACGACGACCCCUUCACGUCCAAGUCGACGGCCGUCCGCUCCGAGUUCCCCGCCCUGCGCGCCCGCCUCGCCCAGCUCGGCUCCAGCUUCCGCGCCCGCCUGCAGGUCCUCCUCGGCGACCUCGCCUACCAGCCCGACGUGGACAUGCGCUUCCUCGGCGUCGCCAUGAACUUCAACGAUGUCUACCAGCCCGUCAGGAGGAAGACGAAGUCCUCCUCCUCCUCCUUUGCUGCCGCUGCUGCCGCUGCGGCGCUGUCGACGGGCGAGAAGGUCAAGGGGUAG